ACAACACAACCAAAUAGCUUUUGUUUGUGCUGAUUAAUGUCCAAUGUCCAUGUUUUUCUACGCAGCAGCACUAUUCUGCAUCAUAUAUUUCUUCCAUCGGAGACUAUGUUGCAGAUACCCUCUUUUCACCGACUACCCCAUCAUCGGAAUGCUACCGGAUUUACUCUGCAAUUUGUGGCGCAUCCAUGAUUUUUCAGUCGAGGUGCUGAAAUCACACGGCGGCACCGGCGAGUUCACCGGACCAUGGUUUACCAACAUGAACUAUUUGAUCACCAGCGACCCCAUCAACGUGCACCAUAUCUUGAGCAAGAACUUCAAAAACUACGUCAAGGGACCCGAGUUUCGUGAGAUUUUUCAGGCUUUUGGAGAUGGAAUUUUCACUGCUGAUGGAGAAGCAUGGAAAUACAACAGGGAUCUCUUCCAAUCCUUGUUCAAACACAAAAGCUUCGAGCUUUUUCUGGAGAAAACCAUUCGGAAGAAGGUGCAGAAUAGUCUCCUUGUCGUGUUGGAACAUGUGCAACAACAUGGGAGUGUGGUGGAUCUUCAAGAUGUCUUCAACCGCUUCACCUUCGACAAUAUAUGUUCCACGGUUCUCGGAUACGACCCUUGUUGUCUUUCCCUUGAUUUUCCAGAAGUUGCGAUUGAGAAGGCUUUUAACGAAGUGGAAGAGUCCAUUUUCUACAGACAUGUGAUGCCGAAGCGUGUUUGGAAGGUGCAGAAAUGGCUUCAAAUGGGUCGAGAGAAGACGAUGACAGAAGCAUGCAAGUCGUUUGAUGAGUUCAUACAUGCACUCAUAGCAUCUAAGUUUGAGGCACUAAGCAGGUGCAAUGAAAAUGAAGAAACAGGAGAAGAUUGUGCUGAUUUGCUCACGACUUUGAUGAGAGAAGGUAAUAAGGAACAACAUGAUGAUAUAUUUCUAAGAGAUGCUGUGUUCAAUCUGUUUGUGGCUGGGAGAGAUACCUUAACUUCAGCUCUCACCUGGUUCUUCUGGCUUGUUGCUACAAACCCUUUGGUGGAAGAGAAGAUUCUUGAAGAGAUUAAUCAAAACUUUGGAAGUAAUGAAGAAAAUGCAGUUUUGAGUGCAGAGGAGGUGAAAAAGCUGGUUUAUCUGCAUGGUGCUAUAUGUGAAACGUUGAGGCUCUUUCCUCCUAUACCUUUCGAGCGGAAGCAAGCUCUUGAAGGUGAUGUACUUCCAAGUGGUCAUUGUGUGAAUCCCAGAACAAUGAUAUUGUUUUCACUGUAUGCAAUGGGAAGAUUUGAGGAAAUAUGGGGGAAAGAUUGCAUGGAGUUGAAGCCAGAGAGAUGGAUUUCACAGAAAGGAGGUAUUGUUUAUGUGCCAUCUUACAAAUUCGUGGCUUUUAAUGCAGGACCAAGAACUUGCUUAGGUAAAGACUUGUCCUUUCUUCAAAUGAAGAUUGUUGCAGCUGCAAUUUUGCGGAAUUAUCAUGUGCAAGUCGUGGAAGGUUCUGUUCCUACGCCAAGUCUUUCCGUUGUUCUUCUCAUGAAGGAUGGUUUUAAGGUUAAGAUAACAAAAAGAGAAACUUAAUUUGAUGUACGUGGGAACUUCUAUGUCAGAUGUACAAGUACAAGGACGUCCAUAUGAUAAAAAAAAUAAAAAUCAAAAUGAACAGUUCUUGUAUAAAAAGAUAAAAGAAAUGAGUAAUUGGUAUACUUGAGGUUUUUAUAAUAAAAUAAUAUCACAAUUGUAAUAAAUUU